GCAGGAUAAGAGAAGCCAACUUCACCACCAAAAUUGUUUGCUAUAUUGUUCAAGAUAUUUUGUUUUCUAUCACUAUGGAUUCGUCAUCUUCUUUACACAUAGCAAUGUACCCAUGGUUUGCCAUGGGCCACCAAACUCCAUUUCUUCACUUAGCUAACAAACUAGCCAAUAAAGGCCACAAAAUAACAUUUUUCACACCUAAAUCAGUACAAUCUAAAUUACAACCAUUCAAUCUCCACCCUCAAUCAAUCACUUUCGUCACUAUCACAGUUCCCCAUGUUGAAGGCCUUCCUCCCAAUGCAGAAACAACAGCUGAUGUCUCAUUCCCUUUACAACCACACAUCAUGACAGCCAUGGAUCUAACACAACCCCACAUUGAAACUCAUCUCACUAAUCUCAAACCUCACUUUGUUUUCUAUGAUUUCACACAUUGGAUGCCAUCUUUAACAAAACGUUUAGGUAUCAAAUCUCUUCUUUAUUGCACUGGUAGUUCGGUUAUGAUUGGCUACAACUUAGUACCAGCUAGAUUUUUAAAUCAAAAUAUAACAGAAUUUAAUCUCAUGGAACCUCCUCCUGGUUACCCUGAUUCAUCUAUCAAGCUUCAUAGUGAUGAAGCAAAACUUUUGAUAUCAUUGGGAAUCAGAACUUUUGGUAGUAAUGUUUCUUUCUAUGAUAGACAAGUCAUUGCUUUCAAUGAAGCUGAUGCAUUAGGAUUCAGAACUUGUAGAGAAAUCGAAGGACCUUAUCUUGAUUACUUACAUAAACAGUAUAAUAAACCGGUUCUAUCUUCAGGACCUGUUAUACUCGAAAAACCUAAUUCUGUUUUGGAUGAAAAUUGGUCUAUUUGGCUUGCUGGAUUCAAGACAGAUUCAGUUGUUUACUGUUGUUUGGGAAGUGAAUGUGUUUUGGAAGUGAAUCUAUUUCAAGCAUUAAUGCUUGGACUUGAGUUAACAGGUAUGCCAUUUUUUGCGGCUUUGAAGCCACCUUCUGGUUUUGCAACAGUGGAAGAAGCAUUACCAGAAGGGUUUGCAGAAAGAACAAAAGGAAGAGGUGUUGUUUUUGGUGGUUGGGUACAGCAGCAACUGAUUUUGGAGCAUCCUUCUGUUGGGUGUUUCAUUACACAUUGUGGUUCAGGUUCUUUGUCUGAGGCAUUGGUGAAUAAAUGUCAAUUGGUUUUGUUGCCAAUCAUUGGUGAUCAGAUAAUGAAUGCUAGGAUGAUGGGAAAUAACUUGAAAGUUGGUGUAGAAGUCGAGAAAGGUGAAGAUGGUUUAUAUACUAAGGAUAGUGUUUGUAAAGCUGUGAGUAUUGUGAUGGAUGAUGAGAAUGAAACCAGUAAGAAAGUGAGGGUUAAUCAUGCUAAGAUUAGAGAGAUGUUGCUUAAUGAAGAUCUUGAAUCAUCUUAUAUUGAUGAUUUCUGCAACAAGCUUCAAGAGAUUGUUACGGAAAAGAAUUGAUUCAACAUUAUGCAGUUUAAUUUAAUUAUUUCUAGUAAUUUAAGUUUGUGUGGCACUGGAUUUGUUUUGGAUUUGUCUUGUGUUUCUUUUUACCUAAUGAAUAUUUGUUUGUAUGGUCA